CCCAUUCCCUUCACCCUCAUCUUCAUCCUCCAAAGCAUGCUCUAGUACAACAUCUCACUUCCCCACAACCUUCAAAGGCACGAGGAUGAAUGUGGUCAUGCGUGACACAGAAUCCGGGAAAGAUCAUCCCGGCUCGGCAACCUUUCUUGAGGCGCUCAAUCCGGCUCAACUCAAAGCCGUCACUGCAGAUCCUAGCGUUCCCUUGCAGAUCCUUGCGGGUCCGGGAUCAGGAAAGACCAGAGUCCUUACAAGCCGAGUUGCCUACCUAGUCAAGCACCAUGGUUACAAGCCCAUGCAGAUAGUAGCCGUCACAUUCACUAAUAAAGCUGCAAAUGAAAUGAAAAAGAGAUUGACUUCUCUUUUAGGGUCUAAAGCCGCGGACGCCUUGGUAUUGGGAACUUUCCACGCAACUUGCGCGAGAUACCUCAGACGCUACGGACAGCUCAUUGGCUUACCCAACAACUUUGCCAUAGCCGACGCGGACGAUUGCAAGAAGAUCAUUUCGGGUCUACUCAAAGCCAAGGCUGAGAUCAUCCGAGCCUCACAGAUGUCUUUGAAGGACUCCGGCGUCUUGUCCGAGAUUUCAAAGGCAAAAGCGAAAGAAGAAGAUCCUGAAGGAAUGGCGGUCAGAGCUGCGAGAGACCCCAAUACUUCGACAAGCACUCUGGCGAUCAUUGCUGAGUUGUAUGCAGAAUACGAGGCAACAUUGAGGGAAGCAAAUUCACUUGAUUUUGAUGAUCUACUGGUUUUCGGAUUGCGACUGUUCCGUGAUUCCCCCCGGAUUCUAGAGAGCUGCAGACACAUUCUAGUGGACGAAUUUCAAGACACAAACACCACCCAGUACGAGCUGAUGAAAUGCUUUGCCAAAGCACAUGGGGGAGUGAGUGUGGUAGGAGAUCCCGACCAAUCAAUAUACGGUUGGCGUUCCGCAGAAGUAGAGAACCUCAACAAGAUGAUAACCGACUUUCCGGGGGUCCAAGCCAUCCACCUGGAAGAGAAUUACCGCUCAACUGGGUCUAUACUCCACGCAGCGCAUUCUGUCGUCUCGCAAGAUCGCAAUCGAAUUCCGAAGAAUCUCUACACUUCGCAUCCAAAGAGCACGACCGUCACUUUGAAAGUGUUUAGCACCCCAGUCAUCGAAGCUUCCUUCAUCGCUACCGAGAUAAAGCGUUUGAUUGCCUACUCCGGGAACGUCCUUAAUCACGGGGAUUUUGCUGUCCUUCUCAGAUCCAACGCACUUUCCAGAAACAUAGAGGCAGCCUUGCAGAAGGAUAGCAUUCCUAAUCGAGUAGUUGGUGGGCACAAAUUCUUCGAAAGGAUGGAGGUGAAAGACCUGUUGGCAUAUCUGCAACUGGCCGACAACCCGAACUUUCUGCCAGCAUUCCUGCGGGUGGUAAAUGUUCCUCGAAGAGCGAUCGGUGACAAGUCCGUCGCUGAUCUGCUUGCGGCUGCCAAAGCUGAAAAGCUCUCACCCAUGGAGCUGUCAGAGUCUAUAAUCGAUGGUGCUCAAUUGCCUGAAGGAUUCAAACCAGCGAUGAAAAAGAAUCUUGCCAACUUUGUCGGCGUUGUGCGCAAGGUCCGUCGCGCAGCUGAGAAGCGCACCCCAGUCGCUGAGCUUUUGAGAGUGAUCAUCCAGAAAAUAGGCUACGAGGAAUUUCUUCGGACCUCCCAGCAGGAUUUUGACUCACGUUGGGAGAAUGUGCAGGAGUUGGUGCGUGUUUUCUAAUGAUCGACUCAGGGUGGCUAACGAGACAGAUUUCAUUCAGUGUGGUCGUGGCAGAAGAACAGAGGAGGUCAAUGUCCGAGACAGAUGACGGUUUCAUCUCUACAUCGACCCUGGUGAACCCUCCAGAAGCAGAAUCUCCUCAGCUCAUUCCCCAACGCCUACAUCCGAUGUUCCGAAGGAUGAGCAGCGGAUCGACUACCACAGUGGACUCUCGACCGACCAAGAAGAGAAAACGCACGAGCACUCGAAGUGGCGAUGACGGAGUGAUAGAGCUUUUGUCCAGCGAUGACGAGAGCGCUGGCUCUAGGCUUAUGCCGGCGGGUGAUGGGAGGGACAUCUCGCCUGCGGGCCAGGUUCAGCAUGGGUCAGCUUCUCCCAGUACCAGCCUAACCAGUAUGACCCCGCUGAGCUUUUUCUUGCAGACAUCCAUGCUGUCGACGGACACGGAUAGUGAAAAGGACAUCGCCGAUCAGCCUAAAGUGACAAUCACCACGGUGCACGCUGCAAAGGGUCUGGAAUGGCCUGUGGUGUUCAUACCCGCUGUCGAACAAGGUACAUACCCUUCUUACCGAUGCACCGAGGCACACGAGAUAGCUGAAGAACGUCGACUACUGUACGUCGCCAUGACCCGUGCCCAGCUGUUCCUCGUGAGCUUUUUGUACCGACAGGGAGUUCGCUUACAAGCAGACGCUGCUUCGUUCUCCGCUUCUCUUCCCGAAAUCGACGUAGUUGUCCGAACUCGCAUAGCAGCCAUGCUUGGUCGGCCACCAGCGGACGAAGCGGCUAUCAAAGAAGCCAUCAUGAAGCAUGUUCGUGCUGCUCCUCCUCUGAGCAUGUGGGAUCCUCCAGAACCCCGGGAUCGCCAAUUCAACCGAUUCGCUCGGAGAGAAGUGACCAAAGCCGCUCGGGCUGCUGAAUACUGGGCCUCGGAUCAAGACGACUAUGCUCUUCCCGACCAGAUCUCGUCGAAAUCCACUUCCAACCCUCAUCAGAAAAAACCUCCGAAGAUCGUUCAGCCCACCAGAGUGGACAUGCCCACUGUUCUACCUUUCACUUUUGGCGAGCCAGAUCUCAAACCGACAGAACAAAGUCUAGGGGCAUUCACAAACGCAUCAUCAUCUUCUUUGUCUUUCAUGCGUAACUUGGGAUUACCCGGGGAAACGGGUUCCAUACCUAGCUCUCCGGUCAGGGGGAUCAAAUCGGGAGGGGCCGGAACAGGACAGGGUUUGGGACAAGGAGUGAAAUUGGCACAGGGUACAAAGAGACUUGGGAUGGGUAGACCUGCACCGUGGGGUAGUAAGAAGUCUAGA